UGGAACCAGCCGACUAUAAAAAUCGCUACCCUUCUCUAAGCAUCCGACUCUAGGGUUUUCGGCUGCGACAUCGUCCUUUGGUUGCUUCCCUCGUUCGCUUUGCGAGCUCCACUUGGCGGCGUCCAUGGCGGUCGAACAGGAGGUCAAGCUCUUCAAUCGCUGGUCCUUCGAGGAUGUCCAUUGGGCCAAGAGAAGAUGCAACUCGGAUUGGGUCUGCUGGUGUUGUCAGACGUCAGGCAGUCGACAUUUCUCCGUUGAGGCGUGUCAACCAGGCAAUAUACCUCCUCACAACUGGUGCUCGGGAGAGUGCUUUCAGGAACAUCAAGACUAUUGCUGAAUGCCUUGCUGAUGAACUAAUUAAUGCAGCCAAGGGUUCUUCCAACAGCUACGCUAUCAAGAAGAAGGAUGAGAUUGAACGUGUUGCUAAGGCCAACCGCUGAGUGCAUUUUAUAUCCCGAGAGCAAAUUUUGGAAGGAAUUGUCAAAUGGUUUUUCAUGUUAUUAUUUUUAAAUUUAGUUUUGAUUUGUUAUAGUUCCAGACUUUGGUUCCGUGUUGCAAAAUUAGUGGUUUCACAUUCGAAUUAGAUUUGAAUUUUGAACUACUGAGAUCUGUCCGACUCGGUUGAUGAUC